GAAAAACGAAAGCGAUGCAAAGGUUCGAGUCUCCUUUUUUGACGGUCUCUCUCUCUUCUUCUUCUUCGUUGUUUCGCUGCAAGCUACCCUGGAGAAGAGGAACGCGUUGAUUUUUUUUUUAUUUUUAAAAACAUCCCUUUAUACUUCUUCAUAUCUCUCUCUCUCUCUCGAUGUAAGAGAAGCAGCAGAACCCAGAACAAAGAAACCAUUUUUGAACCUCUCUCUGUUCCUGGAGAAGUCUUCCCCUGUUUUUUUUUUUAAUAUUUCUUUAUUUUUCCGGGUGAAUCUCCUUUUGGGCUUAUCUGAAAAGUCAUCUGGACAGCUAAAGUCGACCAGAACCAUCACAAAGGUCGAAGCUUUGGUCGUGGGUUUUGCUUUUGUGUAUGUGUGUGUGUGUGUGUAUUUCAUUAGGAUGGUGCAGUAUCAGAGAUUAAUCAUCCACCAUGCGAAGAAAGCGGAAAGGUUUAGACUUGCCGGAGAAAAAGGCGGUGGGUUCUUAAAGAGCGCGAACCAGAAGAUUCUCGCUCUUCUCUUUCUCGCUCUCCUCUCUUGUUGCCUCGUCAUGGCUCCUCACAUCUUCAGCCUCUCCUCAACUUUCUCUCUCCUAGAUCCGCUUGGCAGAGAAAGCGGAGGACUUGGCCCUUAUGAACACUUCAUUGCACCUCUGUGUUCUGGAAUCUCCAAUGGAACCAUUUGCUGUGACAGAACCAAUUCCAGGUCUGAUAUCUGUAUCAUGAAGGGUGAUGUAAGAACACACUCUGCUUCUUCUUCGGUCUUCCUCUUCACCUCGGCGAAAACGGAUCGAAAACCUCUGCUCAAACCCGAAAAGAUCAAACCUUACACCCGAAAAUGGGAGACGAGUGUUAUGGACACCGUUCAGGAACUCAAUCUCAUCAGCCAGGACGAAAAAGCUUCAGGCUUUAGACAUGUCUGUGAUGUGUACCAUGAUCUUCCUGCUGUGUUCUUCUCCACAGGCGGAUACACAGGGAACGUUUAUCACGAAUUCAACGAUGGGAUCAUCCCGUUGUUUAUCACUUCACAGCAUUUCGAGAAAAAGGUUGUGUUUGUGAUUGUGGAGUAUCACGAUUGGUGGAUGAUGAAGUAUGGGGAUAUUGUAUCGCAGCUCUCGGAUUACCCUCCGGUGGAUUUCGGCCGAGAUCUAAGGACACACUGUUUCAAGGAAGCCAUUGUCGGAUUGAGAAUUCACGACGAGCUGACCGUAAAUUCUUCUUUGAUGCCCGGGAGUAAAACCAUUGUUGAUUUCAGAGACUUGUUGGACAGGUCCUACUGGCCACGCAUCCAUGGCUUAAUUCAGGACGAUGAAGAGCACAAAGCAGCAGACAGAAGAGCAAGUGAGUCACUUUCCUUUUCCCCUGUGUCUGAUUCUCUCGAGAUCGACAAGAAAGUACAAGAACACGGGUUGAAAAAGCCGAAACUGGUGAUUCUGUCGAGAAACGGAUCGAGGGCAAUACUCAACGAGAAUAUCCUUGUGGAACUAGCGGAGGAGCUCGGGUUCAUGGUUGAGAUCCUGAAGCCGGACAGAACGGCAGAACUGGCCAAGAUCUACCGGUCCUUAAACUCGAGCGAUGUGAUGAUUGGAGUACACGGAGCUGCAAUGACGCAUUUCCUGUUCUUGAAACCCGAAACCGUGUUCAUCCAGAUCAUCCCGAUUGGAACCGACUGGGCUGCCGAGACAUACUACGGAGUACCAGCCAAGAAGCUUGGAUUGAAGUACAUCCCGUACAAGAUUAUGCCAAAGGAGAGCACUCUAUACGACGAGUAUGGCGGAAACGAUCCGAUAAUCCGAGACCCGGAAAGCGUCAACAGAAGAGGGUGGCAAUUCACGAAGAAGAUCUAUCUCGAUCGCCAAAACGUGAAACUCGACCUGAGAAGAUUCAGGAAACUUCUCUCUCGAGCAUAUGAUCGAUCCGUUCGUAGAAUUACACCUCCGAGUUUCUGAUUCAAUCUUUGAUUCUUUUAGGCUAAUGAAUCGCGGAAAGAUACAGAGAAAACCUUGGCGUUUUGUAGAGAUAAUGUGUAGAUUUUGUGUGUUGUGUCCAUUUGAAAGCUUUUGAUUUUGUAAAGAAGGAGGCUUUGUUCUUUCCCA